UUCCUUGUUUGUAGCUGCUUGACAUCAUUCAGGACUCACACCGUGCUGCUUUCUGCAGAGUAGGACACACUAGAAACUAUUAUUAGUCUUAUAACAGACUUUUUGCAUAGUUUUAGAUCAUAUUUCUGUGUGAUAUCUGCGGCUUUACACUCAGAAACGACUUAAUAACUAGCUACUUCAUAGAGUUAUAUGACUGAGUUGAAUAACCUGCUUGUGUAACAAGUUUUGUUAAGAAAAAACUACAUUUUUCUAUAAUUAAAUAGUCUAACAGUUAACCACAUUAAUACCAUCAUCUGCUUCGCUGUUGACAACUAUGAGCUGCAUAAAGGAAGAAAGUCGAAGUGGGUCCCCUCACUGCCCCAAACCGGAUGAAUCCGAGGAGCCUCUGGGCACAGCCAUGGAGACUGGAGCUGCUGCUAAUGAUGUCGGUGUGAAAUCUGAGAAUGAGACAUCUGAAUUGCUCAUCACUAAGGAAAUGGAGGAAGAAGAGAAGCAGCUGAUGGAGGAAGGGGAGAGGAAAGAAAAGGAGAUGAUGGAUAAGGCCCGGGAGUCUCAGGAGAGGGAUUCUCACGACAUGCGUUUCAAGAGAUUGCAGCAUUUGCUUCAGAAGAGCAACAUCUACUCUAAAUUCCUGCUGACCAAGAUGGAGCAACAGCAGACUGAGGAGAAUGUCAAGAAGGAGAAAUCUGAAAAGAAGGGCAAGAAGAAAACAAAGACUGCAGAGCCUGAGAAAGAUAAGAAGAAGAGGAGGAGGGAUGAAGACUACAAAAUAGCAGAUGUCAUGUCUAAAGAAGAAAUCAUGUCGCAAGCUAAGAAAGCAAAAGUGGACGAAGCGGACGAGGCGCCGGCCCAGAAGAAACUUGAAGCCGAGGAUAUCGAGAAGAUGAGCGAUUCCAACCAAGACAUCAAGAACCGUCUGUCGGAGACGGUGCGAGACAACGCCAAGCAUCUCCUGGAUCCUAACAGGAAGGUGAACGGCCAGCCUGUCCCCGCCCAGCAGCCGGAGCACUUCACCGGAGGGGUCAUGAGGUCGUACCAGAUCGAAGGCAUCGAGUGGCUGAGGAUGCUGUGGGAGAACGGCAUCAAUGGGAUCCUGGCUGAUGAGAUGGGACUGGGAAAGACCAUCCAGUGCAUCGCUCACAUCGCCAUGAUGAUAGAAAAGAAAGUGAUGGGCCCCUUCCUGGUGGUGGCGCCUCUCUCCACUCUGCCCAACUGGAUCAGCGAAUUCAAGCGCUUCACACCAGAGGUGUCUGCGCUGCUUUACCACGGCCCCCAGCCAGAGAGGGCCAAGCUGCUGAAGCAGAUCCGUCGGCCUCAGGGGUCCCUCAACAUGUGCCCUGUGGUCCUCACCUCCUUUGAGAUCGCCAUGAUAGACAGAAAAUUCCUGCAGCGCUACCAGUGGAAGUACCUGAUAGUGGACGAAGGCCACAGGAUCAAAAAUCUCAACUGUCGGCUGGUUCGGGAGCUGAAGAUGCUGCCCACCGACAACAAGCUGCUGCUGACCGGCACGCCACUGCAGAACAACCUAGCGGAGCUCUGGUCCCUCCUCAACUUCCUCCUGCCAGAGGUCUUUGAUGACCUCAAGAGCUUCGAGUCGUGGUUCGACAUCGGCAGCAUCAGUGAAGCAGAGAGUGUGGUGGCUACUGAACGCGAGCAGAACAUCCUGAGCAUGUUGCACCAGAUUCUGACUCCGUUCCUGCUGAGGAGGCUGAAGUCAGACGUGACGCUGGAGGUUCCUCCUAAGAAGGAGAUCAUUGUUUACGCUCCUCUGACAGCCAAACAGGAGGCCUUUUACACCGCCGUGGUCAACAAAACUAUUGCCAAGAUGCUGGGCAUGGAAAAGACGGAGGCUCCUGUAGCGUUGACGCCAAGUGGCAGGCCGAAGCGUGGCAGUCGAAGGCCGGUGGACUACAAAGAAAAAGAUGGAGACACGCCGGUUGACCUGGAGGAAUAUCUGGAGAAGGUCCGCAAGGAGCACGAGCUGAGCUCCCCUGCAGUGCUGGAUGUCCAGACCCCGCUGGACUCGGAGAUCAACCUGAAGCUGCGGAACAUUCUCAUGCUGCUAAGGAAAUGCUGUAACCACCCCUACCUGGUGGAGUACCCCCUCGACCCCGCCACACAGGAGUUCAAGAUUGAUGAGCAGCUGGUGCAGACCUCUGGGAAGUUUCUCAUACUGGACAGACUGCUGCCUGCACUGAAGGAAAGGGGACAUAAGGUUCUGAUCUUCAGUCAGAUGGUGACCAUCUUGGAUCUUAUAGUGGAUUACUGCUAUCUGCGGGGCUUCGAGUACAGCCGACUGGAUGGCGGCAUGUCCUAUGCAGACAGAGAGGAAAAUAUGGCCAAGUUCAGCAGUGAUCCAGAGGUGUUCCUGUUCCUGCUGAGCACCAGAGCAGGAGGACUUGGGAUCAACCUGACGGCUGCUGAUACUGUCAUCAUCUUCGAUAGUGACUGGAACCCCCAGGCAGACCUGCAGGCUCAGGACCGCUGUCACCGAAUCGGGCAAACCAAACCGGUGGUGGUGUACCGCCUGGUCACAGCCAACACUAUCGACCAGAAGAUCCUGGAGAAGGCCUCGGCCAAGAGGAAGCUGGAACAGAUGGUCAUCCACAAGAAUAAGUUCAAAGGUGGGAGGGCAGACCUGAGCCACGGUAAAAGCUGCAUUGAUCUGGAUGAGCUCAUGGCGCUGCUCAAAGCCAGAGGCACCGAGAAGGAGGUGAAAGCAUCAAGGGGGAAGGUGAUCAGCGACAAGGACCUGGAGCUUUUGUUGGAUCGCAGUGACUUGAUGGUCAAAGGAAAGGAGAGCACGAAGAAAGAGAAGGUGGGAGUCUUCAGAGUGAUCGAAGAGUCGCCAGAGAUCACGUUGACCUGAGAACACUUGAGUAUUCACAUACGAACUUGUGACCACUAUCCUAAAGAGAAAAACUGAAGCUGCACCUAGACGGCUCACAACUGCUGUCACUUGCUAUAGAGAAAAUAUCCUGAAACUGCUGUUCGUAGACUUUUAACAGUGUAUUUUUCUGUCUUUUAUUGUAACUGCCUUCAUAGUACUGUUUUUUUUGUUUAACCACUAUACAGUACCCUUUUUGAUUGAGAUUUGGGUUUCUGAUGGCCGUCAAUGAUAUUUUGAUCAUUUUCAUGCAAAAAGAUGAAGAAAAUAUUCUUCAGCUCAUUUUCUCCCCGGCUGGCAGACUAUCAGACAACCGAACCUGCCGGUGAAACCCAAAACACGACCCUGCGUGCGCGCGCUGUAUGCGUGCAGUGUCUGAUGGUCACGGAAAUGCACAUUUGCUUCAACCGUUGUCCCGCCAGUACCCCCCAAUCAUUGCUUUCAUUUUCUUGUUGUAAUCAAAGCACUUUUCUGCAGGUUAAGCUUACACAUUCUUGUAUGUCUUUUUAUAUAAAUAAACUAUGAUUUAAUAAA